UUACAAAAAUAAACAUGAAUAAACGGAUUUGGAUCCGAAUUAAUUUUGGCUUGAGGUCUCAGACCCAAGAAAUGAGCCGUACCGUAUAGAAGCUGAACGAUGGACUGUGUGCAGGGCCAGGGCCAGGUCUCGACCCCUCACAACAGCAGGCAGCACGCAGCCUACAGUCCGGCGGCAAGGCAGCUGGUACAGAGGGUUCAGAGUCCUCACAGCUCCAACCAGCAGACGGGUGGGGGAAUCCAGUGGCACAUUCCCCAGCAGCCACCCGCCCAGUAUGGCAGUCCUAGUCCCGUACACAAGCCGCUUCCGCAGGUGCAUGCCCCACCGGACGAUUCCUACAAGAUCACUCUGAAGCAGCCCACUCCACCCGCCGUGGUGGACCAGAAGCCCGUCCUCACACACCCUCCCUUCGUGUCAUCCUCGGUGCCCAAGACUCCUAGUCCCCACACUCAGGCCAAAGCGGCAGAUGAUGCUGAGAAGAGUCUGGACAAAUUCUGUCAGGAAUCGGUGAAUGACUUGAUGAUGACGAUAGCCAAGCUGGACAGUAACGGCAUCAUGGUCAUACCGGAGAAGGGUGCAGACUCUGUGGUGGAUAGUAGUACAGGGCCCCCCAUAGACAGGCCCUCCACCUCCACAGCUGGCACAUCGCAGGCCACACCUUCCUCCCAAGGGAGCCUGGACUCGCAGAAAGACGACCCUAACGAAGACUGGUGCGCCGUCUGUCUUGAUGGAGGGGAACCUGUGUUGUGCUGUGAUAACUGUCCCAAAGUCUUCCACCUCAAGUGUCACAUACCUAGUCUGAGUGCGUUUCCAGGAGAAUCGGAGACAUGGCAAUGUUUGCUGUGUACGAGCAUGAGUGGUGUCACCUCCAAUAUUCAGGUGGGCGAUAAACGGCCGCACUCUGACGGCUUGGACUCCUACGAGCAGAUGUUGAUGCAGAGGAUACUGUUGGAGCUGUACUGCCAGUACGAGCCCAGCCUACACUUCCGAGAGGUCAUUCCUGCCGACAAUUUGGAGUACCAUGAGAAGAUCAAGCGGCCGAUGUCAUUUUGACAUGAUACGGCAGAAGCUGGCCUCUACGACGUCAGAUCGUUACCGCAACAUGAAGGAAGUGGUCGACGACAUCAGACUAGUUUUCAAAAAAUGCCUACACGUUUAAUCCAGUA